AACACGGCCAUUGGUGUGUCCUUGCUAAUGCUUCCUGCUGCCCAGCUGCGCUUUCCAAAUACCCUUUCGGUCGCCCUUGGCGAACUAUUGGUAUAAUAUUUAUAAAGUUAUUUUAGUGUGUCCGUACUAUGGCUGCAAAACUGUUCCCCGUCAUAAAGUUGGUCACCAAGGUGUCGGUGGCGGGCGGGGCGCUCUACGUGGCCUACGACACAGGCUUACUGGGAAGCGGCGAGAAAGGUGCAGAGGUCCUCGGCAAGGCUAAGGCAGCCAUCCCCCCCGCGCUGCAAGAGUGGAUGAAAUAUUUUGGUGUAGAGGUUCCGGCUCCUCCUAAAAUCGAUCUCUCUCCCAAAGAAACAUGGAACACAGGAGUACAGAAGUCUGUUUCUGCACUUUCCGUGGCCCCCACCAAAGUGUGCGAAUACACCAACCAGGGAAUCCAGUACCUGAAAAACUUGAGCAAGUGAUUGUUGUCAAUGCAAACUUGUAUAUAUCAGUGUACCAGUUUUUAUUUUAUUAUUUUGUAAAGGGUGAGAGCGUUCUUUCUAGAUGGUCAAACUAAAGAAUGGUCCCAUGGUGAUACAGCUAUAUUUUGUAUUUGCCCUUGUGUGAAGGUCCAUUUAUUCAUAAUGAAAAUGGGGGAAUUUUCAGAGCCCAAGUCUGAAAAAAGAGGUGCAAAAUCCAUUUUUCCUGCAAAUAAAAUUGUUUCUAAUCUCCGUUGACUGUCUUGAAGAUG